AUGGCUCAGCGUCUAGCGCCAUGGCCUCAACACGGCGGCGUCUUCACGGCUUUCGGCGAGGCAGUGGAUUUGGUGCUCGAGGCAGAAAGCGAGGAGGUGGACAUGGAAGAUGAGACCUGGACCUGGGCUGAACGCGCUCAGAUUUGGCGGCAGCGGCAUCACACGAAAGCGCUGGGCCGUGCAGCACAGCAGCUGCAAGGGUCCGUGUCACAACGGAUGCGUGAGCUGGAAGCCUGGCGCAGCUCGGGCCGCGGGGAUUUGCCCAUCGAGCUGGACCUGGUUCUGCCUGUGGCAGUGACCCUGCGGACUGCUGAACUUCGGCAACUUGCAGAUCCGGCGGCGUGGGAUGAGCGGUGCUGUCUUGCCAAGGACGUUGGCGAACACCUCAAAGCGGGCUGGUGCUUGAUGGGCGGCGAGGCCCUCGACGAUUUCGCAGAAGAAUUGCAUGGCACAGCUCACCAGGCAGCACUACAGCGGCUCCAGGAGCUCACGAAAGGACGUCUUCCCUUUUCCGUGGACUGCAGCCACUCGCUGGCGCUGGGGAUGCCCAUCCUGGAGGCGGCUGGGUGGCAGAUGCGGCUCUUGGCGGGCUGGGUGGCGCGGCAGCGGGCGCGGCAGCGGGCGGAGGAGUUCUGCUCCCGGAGCUUUGGCCAGGCGAUGCUGGCCGAGUCCACGGCGCGGGAGAAGCGGAGGUUGGCAGCUGAAGGCUUCCACGCGGCUGCGGUCGCGCAGCAGCACAAUCUCGAGCAGCCCUUGCUGCCGGCGCGCUAUGAGGACCGUUUGCCAUGGGUGGAGUACCGCACCGCAGAGCGCCUGGUGGCCAGCUCUCGAAGUCAUUUGGCCCGGCGGUCUCGGCAGGCGAAGGCAACACGCUCUGUACAAGGCGGACAAGGCGGGCAGGGUCGAGGUCAUGGCGUCGAUGGCUUCGACACCAGCAGCCCAGCGGCUUUUUGGUCGAAAGCGCCGGCGCCUCCCCGGCUUCCCCCGCCUCCGCCCCCUCCUCCGCCCCCUCCCUGA